AUGUUGGAUUAUUCGGUGUGUCUCUUUAAAUACUUCCCCUGCACCUCUGCCACUUCCGGGUGUCGCGAGCUCCGCAGCUUUGACGCUCGUGAACGCGCCAGUCCCAAUCGAGGACAUGGGACCGUGAAAGAAUGGCGGAUGCCGACGAGCCGGAGAAGAAAAGAAGGCGAAUAGAGGACCUGACUGAGAAAAUGGCUGUAGAUGGCGGACACAGGGACAGUGGUUGUGACUGGGAGGGCAGGUGGAAUCACGUGAAGAAGUUUUUGGAGCGACCCGGCCCGUUCACUCAUCCCGACUUCGAGCCGAGCACCGAGUCUCUUCAGUUUUUGUUGGAGACCUGUAAGAUUCUGGUCAUCGGCGCAGGAGGACUCGGAUGUGAGCUUCUCAAAAACCUGGCUCUGUCUGGGUUUCGCCUGAUCCACGUGGUGGACAUGGAUACCAUCGAUGUGUCCAACCUCAACAGGCAGUUUCUUUUCAGGCCCAAAGAUGUCGGACGCCCGAAGGCGGAGGUGGCUGCUGACUUCAUCAACAGUCGUAUCCCCGGAUGUAAAGUCGUCCCCCACUUUAAAAAGAUCCAAGACUUUGAUGAUUCCUUCUACAGGGAGUUCCACAUCAUUGUCUGUGGACUGGACUCCAUCAUCGCCCGACGCUGGAUGAACGGGAUGCUGAUCUCCCUCCUGAGUUAUGACGACAGGGUCUUGGAUCCCAGCUCCAUCAUUCCGCUAAUAGACGGAGGAACCGAGGGCUUUAAAGGAAACGCCCGCGUCAUUCUGCCCGGCAUGACCGCGUGCAUCGACUGCACGCUGGAGCUCUACCCGCCACAGAUUAAUUUCCCCAUGUGCACCAUUGCGUCGAUGCCACGGCUUCCAGAACAUUGCAUCGAAUAUGCCCGGAUCUUACAGUGGUCAAAAGAAAACCCGUUUGGAGAAAUCAGCUUGGAUGGAGACAACCCAGAACACAUCCAGUGGGUGUUUGAAAGAGCCCGGGAAAGAUCUGCAGAGUUUUCCAUCACAGGAGUGACAUACAGGCUCACUCAAGGAGUUGUGAAGAGGAUCAUUCCUGCUGUGGCAUCAACCAACGCUGUUAUCGCUGCUUCCUGCGCCACUGAAGUUUUUAAAAUCGCUACAAGCGCCUAUAUUCCUUUAAAUAAUUACAUGGUCUUUAAUGACGUGGAUGGACUGUACACCUACACCUUUGAAGCCGAGCGGAAGGAAAAUUGCUCCGCGUGCAGCCAGGUGCCUCAAGAUCUCCAAUUCCCCCCUUCUGCAAAGUUACAGGAGGUUUUAGAGUACCUGACAGAGAACGCCUCUCUACAAAUGAAGUCCCCGGCUAUCACAACGACUCUGGAGGGGAAAAAUAAGACACUGUAUUUGCAGUCUGUUAAAUCCAUCGAGGAGCGAACCAGACCAAACCUCUGCAAGACUUUGAAAGAGCUGGGCUUGUCGGACGGUCAGGAGCUAGCCGUGGCAGAUGUCACCACACCACAGACGGUUCUCUUCAAGCUCAAUUUCACCAACUGAGCACAACGCGCAGCACUGACAUCAACUGGGCCGAAGCAUCCGAGGCGGGUGUGACGUCUGGAGAUGUUGCGGUUGCACAUUUUGAUAUGAUUAUGAUAUAAAUGAGUCCAGGCUUACAUGUGGAACAGGAUCGGUUGUUGGGAGAAAUGUUUUUUUUUUGUAUUUGUUAUGAUGUUUACUCCUUUGUGUAUUUGACCCGUGCUGACUUAUAUUCUUGCGAUUUACCUGCAAGUCAAGUGAUGAGAAUACUUAUGUGCGCUCUCCUCUAAUAAAGUUUUAUUAUAUUGGUUGUAAACAAA